AACCUUCCCGGCGGCAGCGGCGGCGGCGGCGGCCACGGCGUUGGCCGCGUCCCCGCAGCCGGAAGGUUCGGCUGCUUCAGGCCGGCGGCCCGACCCCUCCUGGGCCAUGUCGGCCCAGGGCGACUGCGAGUUCCUGGUGCAGCGAGCCCGCGAGUUGGUGCAGCAGGACCUGUGGGCGGCCAAGGCGUGGCUGAUCACGGCCCGCAGCCUCUACCCCGCCGACUUCAACAUCCAGUACGAGAUGUACACCAUCGAGCGGAACGCGGAGCGCACCGCCACGGCGGGGAGGCUGCUGUACGACAUGUUUGUGAAUUUCCCAGAUCAGCCGGUGGUAUGGAGAGAAAUCAGCAUUAUCACAUCAGCAUUAAGGAACGAUUCACAGGAUAAACAAACCCAAUUUUUAAGAAGUUUAUUUGAAACUCUUCCUGGUCGGGUCCAGUGUGAAAUGUUACUCAAGGUCACGGAACAAUGCUUCAACACCUUGGAGCGAUCAGAAAUGCUGCUUCUCCUUCUGAGACGCUUCCCGGAAACAGUGGUGCAGCAUGGGGUUGGCCUUGGGGAGGCACUGCUAGAGGCUGAAACCAUUGAAGAACAAGAAUCUCCUGUUAACUGCUUUAGAAAAUUAUUUGUUUGUGAUGUCCUUCCUCUAAUAAUUAACAACCAUGAUGUUCGGUUGCCUGCCAAUUUAUUAUACAAGUACUUGAACAAAGCAGCUGAAUUUUAUAUCAAUUAUGUCACCAGGUCUACUCAGGUAGAGAAUCAGCAUCAAGGUGUGCAAGAAACAUCUGAUUUAAUGUCACCUAGCAAACGUAGCUCUCAGAAGUACAUAAUAGAAGGAUUGACUGAAAAAUCAUCCCAGAUUGUGGACCCUUGGGAGAGGUUGUUUAAGAUUUUGAAUGUUGUUGGAAUGAGAUGUGAAUGGCAGAUGGAUAAAGGAAGACGAAGCUAUGGUGAUAUUUUGCAUAGAAUGAAGGAUCUCUGCAGAUACAUGAACAACUUUGAUAAUGAAGCUCAUGCAAAAUACAAAAACCAAGUGGUUUAUUCCACUAUGUUGGUCUUCUUUAAGAAUGCAUUCCAGUAUGUCAAUAGCAUACAGCCAUCUCUUUUCCAAGGUCCUAAUGCCCCAAGCCAAGUUCCACUGGUUCUCCUGGAGGAUGUAUCAAAUGUGUAUGGUGAUAUAGAAAUUGAUCGUAAUAAACACAUACAUAAAAAGAGGAAACUGGCAGAAGGAAGAGAAAAACCUAUGCAGAGUUCAGACGAUGAGGACUGUUCAGCAAAAGGAAGGAAUCGUCACAUUGUCAUCAAUAAAGCAGAACUUGCUAACUCAAUUGAAGUGUUAGAAAGCUUUAAGUUGGCCAGGGAGAGCUGGGAGUUGCUCUAUUCCCUAGAAUUCCUUGACAAGGAAUUUACAAGAAUUUGUUUGGCAUGGAAGACGGAUACUUGGCUUUGGUUAAGAAUCUUCCUCACUGAUAUGAUCAUCUAUCAGGGUCAAUAUAAAAAGGCAAUAGCCAGCCUGCAUCACUUAGCAGCUCUCCAGGGAUCACUUCCUCAGCCGCAGCUCACGGGACAGGGAACCUUGGAGCAUCAGAGGGCGCUCCUCCAGCUGGCCGCUUGCCACUUUGCUCUAGGGGAGUACAGAAUGACAUGUGAAAAAGUCCUGGAUUUGAUGUGCUACAUGGUGCUCCCCAUUCAAGAUGGAGGCAAAUCACAGGAAGAACCUUCAAAAGUAAAGCCCAAAUUUAGAAAAGGUUCGGACCUGAAGCUUCUGCCCUGUACCAGCAAGGCUAUCAUGCCGUACUGCCUGCACUUAAUGCUAGCUUGUUUUAAGCUUAGAGCUUUCACGGACAGCAGGGAUGACAUGGCUCUGGGGCACGUGAUCGUAUUGCUUCAGCAGGAGUGGCCUCGGGGAGAGAAUCUUUUCUUGAAAGCUGUCAAUAAGAUUUGCCAACAAGGAAAUUUCCAAUAUGAGAAUUUUUUCAAUUAUGUUACAAAUAUUGACAUGCUGGAGGAAUUUGCCUACCUAAGAACUCAGGAAGGUGGGAAAAUCCAUCUGGAAUUACUGCCCAAUCAAGGAAUGCUGAUCAAACUUGUGGUUGGCCCCUGCAGCUGAGUGGCAGAGAUGUUGUGAGCAGUGUACAGCCCCUCCCCUUGGGUAAGGUUGUGAGUCCGUCCUAGUUGUGGCAUCUCGGAUGUGAGCAGGUACAGUACGAACACUGGGCACCGGGGGCCUGCCCCACAGGAGGGAUACGCUCUUUAUUUGUUACAUAGACAUUUUGCUCUUAUGUAUUUUAAAGCAGAGAAAAUUUUCUGUGCUGAUAUUUGCAGUAUCUUAGUUGCAUUAGACUGGAUGAAGUAGGAAACGGUGUCCUAUGUAUGCUUUGAAUAGGAUGGGUAAUAAUCUGUGAGGUGAACACCCAGCUAAUGUACUAAAUCUUUGUUGUUACAGAAUUCUGCAAAGCCCUGGGUCCCAGGCUCUUUCCCCUCCCAUCCCCCAUUUUUCCUUUUCUCAGUACUUUUUUGAAAUUCAAACUAACCUUUCUUUAUCAAAAACAUUGCCAGCCCCUCUAGUCCUCUUGGAAGGGCCUCUUCAGUUUGGGGCUUCAAUCCCAUCAAGGAUGGUUACAAAAAGUCACCAGGUUUGUUUCUAGGUCUGGCGUGAGCAUGAGAAGAGUGGAGAGUGAAGGAGGCUGGAUUUGAAAACACGACUUCUCAAAUGUUCACCCCUCUCCCCACUGCCAUUCAAUUGCAUCUCAUCGUCCUCUUCCUCAGUGGUUGCUUUUUAUGCCAAAUCUCAAGUGGGCUGAGCGCGGGGACCAGGAACCAAGAUGCCUCUGGCCGCGCCCCAGCAGCGGGUGCAGUGAGAGCCGCGGCCAGGGGCCUGUGGUUAGAGGGUUUCUGUAUAGUCUGCUUCCCGUCCUGUGCCUUCUCUCUGGAGUGUUUUUUGCAGUGCAGGGUGAGUCGGUGUGGGUGUUUGAAUGCUGCCGUUUGCUGUUUUUUAAAGGCCUACUAGCCCUCCCAUGGGGUUACUGCAGCAGGAAUUCUUACCUGUGCUUCAGCCCAGCAUACAGACUGCUGACAGGUACCAAGUGGAAAAACACCUGCUCAUAUAGUGUGCUGUUUUGUCAACAUGUUUUACUGCCCAUGGUCUUCAGCUCUUUGUUCCUCAGUGCUCUUUUCCAUGCUUUCUUUAUUUUUUAAUUUGUUCUGCAUUCCUUGGCAAACCAUCUGGUUGUAAUAUUGUAACAUUUCUUAUUUUUUUGCCAUAAGUUGCCAGUGUUUUUGUGUUCGGUUUAAAAAUCAUUAUGGAGCUGGAAAACAUGAAAGUUAUAUAAAACUGUCAGAUUGAGUGCACAUUAGGCACUGAACUCUUCUUUUGGGAAAGUGUAAGGCGUUCCGUUAUAAACACUGGAGGGCGCUCAAGCGUAUUUUAAGUAAAUGUUUACUCCUAAGUUUAUACGAGUGACCAGUGUUAAGACUUCGGUCUCAACAGGCAUUAGCACAGUAUACUCGCCUGUCGCCGACCUUGUCUUUCUGAAUUAAAAAUAUUGGGUAGCUAGAAUGUCACGGUUAUUAGCUGAUUUAUCCUGUUCUUAAACCACAAAAGCUAAUUCCUUCAUCUAAAUUUACCAGAGGGAUGGAGGCUCUGACAGACACAUGACUGAGUUGUGCUGCUCUGUAUAUAUGUGAAACAGUACCUUUGAACCAUGAUCAGCAGGAUACAGUUCAUUAUAUUUGUACUAGUAUUAAUUUACUAGUAGACAGUUUGCUUUGCACCCUCAACGCCCUUGACUGUCUGCAAAUACCAGUAACUUUUGGUUGGUCAGGGAGUCGGCUCCAAUUUGGGGUUGCAGACUGGCUCCCAGAAAUGCAGUGUCUCAGGACAGCCUAAGGUUGGUGUCUGUCCCAGUAGGACUCGUGGCCUCGGCCUGACACUGUCCUAACUGCCAAGUGAACCAGCCAGACGUCACUAGAAAAGUCCGCAAGAACUGCGUGUGUCCUCCGCGGCACCGCUGUUUUGCUGCGUAGUUCCCAGCAUUGCAGCGUGCCCAGUAAUGUCACUACGAGCCUGACAAGGCUGGGUGUCUUUCCUUCUGUUGCUUUGCAACUUUAUGACUUUGUUGUACUUGUUUUAUAUGCUAGUACAAGUUUUAAAAAACAAACAUUUUAGAGUGGUUUCAAUGGUGUUGUUCUGACCAACACAUAAAUACCUAAUUUUAGUAUAGUUGCUGCUGAAGCGAGCACAUAAAAACCUAAUUUUAAUCCCUGUUCCUGUGUCUGAGGGAAGUGAGGCAGUAGUGGUGGGGAAUGGAGGUGGUCUCUGUUUGUCUAAACCCACCAAAUUACUGAACUGGUGUCAAAACUCCUUUCCUUUUCAUUGAAUCCAUUGAGUUUUGCUAGAUUUUUCUUUUCCUUCACGUGGUGUCUUUUCUGGGAUUUCGUGUGGUUUCCCUCUAAAGCAGCGGUCGCCAACCUUUCGGACCUCACAGACCACGUGGUCGCGGACCACCGGUUGGCGACCGCUGCUCUGAAGCACACCCCGGAGAUCUUUGCUUGUGCUCCCACGGGCCCUCCCACCAGCAUGCAGGUCUGUGCACAUGGACUGGAUCCGGUCUUCAGGUGGCUUUUGCUGGCCUUUGACUAUUGCUCAGUGACUGUGCUGCUCCCUCCCCGCGGGUGCCAGACUCUCUCUUGUCUUGGGAGCCAGCAGACCUGACCUGCUGGGCUCAGCACUUAGCGGAGCCAUCCUGUUCUGGCAGCAGGGGACAGAGAUGUGCUUGUGACCGGUGGCUGAGCAUAGUCCCUGAGCCCUUCACGGAGCCCCAGCCCACGGGGCCAGGUGCCUAAGCUGUUUGGUGGCACUCAUCUUGGUUUCCCUCCUCCCUGCUGCUGCCUCUGCAGUGUGGACUGACCCAGUCAGCCCACAGUGACCGAACUGUGCACAAGUCAGCGUAGGGAUGCAUAAUGUCCAAGCUACAGGAGUUCAAAAGCGAAGCAGAUGGCAUUUUACCGAACAUUUAGAUCUUUAAAAUCUUCUUUUCUUGAGUGGGAAAGGUGUCUCUCUAGUUUCAAGUCUUUGAGAAGGAAUGGGCAAAGGGGGCGGUUUGGUUAGGGCUUUUCUUUCUUUUUAAAAUGUCUUACUUAUACUUAGAUUUGAGGUAGGCUUUACUCCUACCCCAGAGGCCUGCCCUGUAGAACCAGCGCUAACCACGUGUCCCUGUUUUCCUGUUGCUGCCCUCAGGCACCACACGGUCACUCGGGGCAUCACCAAGGGCGUGAAGGAGGACUUCCGCCUGGCCAUGGAGCGCCAGGUGUCCCGCUGUGGAGAGAACUUGAUGGUGGUGCUGCACAGGUUCUGCAUCAACGAGAAGAUCUUGCUUCUGC